GAUAACCCCAAUGGUAACACAACAGCUGAGAACCAGCUGAGCGGUUGAGCUAGCUCUCUUUUCAUCUGUUUGUGGAAAAGUUUGCUUUGACAGCUCAAUAGUAGAACAGGGACACUCUGCUAACAACACUAAGCGCACUAUUCGCACCCCAACUGGGCAAUUGGGAUUUUGUGCGACGCCGCGACAACAGGAUUAUCGCAAUUGUGUAGUGCACCGUGAUUUCCGGUACUUCACACCUCGAAAAUAUCUGCUCGCACUGACGAUCCGUGUGUAGGAUACCUGCUGGCAGUGUUAGACUUGAAUGUGCGUGAUGAUCAGUGUCGCGUAAACUAAAAGUUCUGCGAUGACGUCUGGGUUGUGCCAACUCAGUGCUUUAUGAUCGCAACGGCGUUUAACAUCGGUGCUUGUAGAUCGUUGAUACGUUCAUCAUCGCAGGUAGCAUUCACCCUAUUUUCAACGAUGUCGACAUUCGAGACGUUGAAGUUUGAUAACUUGGCCCUGAGAACGCUGCCCAUAGACAAGGAAACGCGUAACUACGUUCGUACUGUCAGUGGCGCAGUGUUCUCGCGGGUGUCGCCCACUCCUCUCGAUUCGCCAGAGCUGGUUGUCGUCUCCGAAGACGCAAUGAUGCUGCUAGACCUCCCGCCACCCGAGUUCGAAAGGAAAGAUGCGGCAGAAUAUUUCUCUGGCAACAAGCUCCUCCCAGGCUCGGAAGCGGCGGCGCACUGCUACUGUGGACAUCAGUUCGGCUACUUUGCAGGGCAGCUCGGCGAUGGUGCGGCAAUGUACCUAGGUGAGGUCAUCAACCGCAAGGGUGAACGCUGGGAAAUUCAGCUGAAAGGGGCUGGUUUGACACCCUACUCCAGGUCCGCAGAUGGGAGGAAAGUACUGCGCUCAUCGCUUCGAGAAUUUUUAUGUAGCGAGGCCAUGCACUACCUUGGCGUUCCCACUACAAGGGCAGGGACAUGCGUCACAUCCUCUACAACUGUGUCACGUGACAUGUUCUAUGAUGGACAUCCCAAAGAUGAGAAAUGCUCAGUCAUUCUGCGAAUUGCCCCAACGUUUCUAAGGUUUGGGUCUUUUGAAAUAUUCAAGACCUUGGACAGCUUCACUGGAAGGAUUGGGCCUAGCGUAGGCCGCAAGGACAUCUUGCUUCAGCUCCUCAAUUAUGCCAUUGAAAUAUUCUUUCCAGAGAUUUACCAUAGUUGUGGUGAUGACAGGGAGCAAAUGUACAUAGAAUUUUUCAAGGAUGUUGUCAAGAAGACAGCACGACUCGUCGCAAAGUGGCAGUGUGUAGGGUUUUGCCACGGGGUGCUGAACACCGACAACAUGAGCAUACUUGGACUUACUAUUGACUACGGUCCGUUCGGGUUUAUGGAGCGGUUUGACCCCGACCACAUCUGUAACAGUUCAGAUGAUGGAGGUCGAUAUACGUACAUCAAACAGCCCGAAAUCUGCCUGUGGAACUUGAGGAAGUUUGCAGAAGCCAUACAGUCGGCUGUUCCACUCUCAAAGACAUUACCGGGCCUAGAACUGUAUGCUUCCGAAUACGAGGCAUGCUUCCUAAGUGGAAUGAGAAAGAAGCUUGGCUUGCUCAAGAAGGAACUCCUCGAGGACAAGGGCCUUGUCACAUCUUUUUACGACACCAUGGAGAGGACAGGUGCCGAUUUCACAAGGUCCUUCAGAUGUCUGAGCGUGCUUGCAGUUCCCGGGCACCCAGAACAUGAGCCCAGUAAGGAGAGCCUUCUGUCAAAGCUUCUGUCGUGCUGCAGUAGCCACGCUGAACUCACUUCUCACCUAAAGACUCAGACAAGCUCUCGAGACUUCCAGCUGUUCCUCAUACUCUCCCAGAGCAAUCCAGAAUUGCUAGAGCAACUUGGCAAGGGUGCCCUUGCAAAAGAAAGAAUUGUCGCACAGAUGGAAAAGGCCAAAGAACUCGAGGAAAUGAGUGCAGAAGACUUUAAAGCCCGAAACAAGAAGCUGUGGACAGACUGGAUAGAGGAAUACUGCAAGAGGCUGACGACAGAUGUGGAAGGAGUGGAAGACUUGCAAGCCCUGCAGGACGAGAGAGUGUGCGUCAUGAACAGCAGUAACCCAAGGUUUAUUCUCAGGAAUUACAUUGCGCAACACGCUAUUGAAGCAGCGGAGAAGGGAGACUACAGUGAAGCACGAAAAGUGCUGAAGAUUUUGCAACACCCUUUCUCCGAUGAUCCUUUGGAGCUGAAAGGAAAGCAAGCUUGCCCAGCUGUGUUUGAUGAAGGAUUCUACGAAGGAAGAUACGCAUUGAGCACAGCUGCACUGAGAGUCUCCUGCUCAUCUUAACAGAUGUAUUUUCCUUGGCAAGAGCUCAUUACUAAAUUUUUUAGAAGAGGGAGAGAGAAAAAGCUGUGAUGCUUUCACUCUCACUUGCAAAGGAGGCCUUAUGCAACAGCAUCAAUACCAAUUCCUGCUGACAAGCUGCAAAGUGUGACAUUGCAAAGAUGCAGCAGCGCUGACAAUGCAUUCCAUACGGUUCGAAAAAAUUUUGACCGACUUAAUGAAGUGGAUUUUCUCUGAAGGCAACCUUAAUACAUGUAGUGGAAUUUUCAGACAUUGCUUAAGGAAGAUUACAGUUCAAAGCGACGAACAGCAGAGAGCAGUGUCAACAUAGUCAUCUGCCUUCUUUUGUGUGUUUGUUUACAAAUAUUCAAUCUGUCUAGAGUUAUAGAAGCUGCAUUUGUGGACAAGCACUGGUCAUCUGCCAGCGGCUGUGUAUAAUAUGUACUGUGCUGAAAUGUGGCGCUGAAGUCCUACUGUAAUGCGUGGAAAUGCUACACUUUACACGGCAACCUUUGAUACACAAAUCAAGAAAUACAUUGGCUUGCACUAUGUUCUGUUAAGCUUUAGGUGGAUUUGAACAUAAUGAACAAAAGAAGUAGUGUAUAAAGUGUAUGUUUUUACCACUUUUACCGACUGUUGCAUCACUGAGUGUUGUACGGUGUCUGCAAAUUCAAAAUAAAGAUGUCUCACUCCUUUA